UAAUCUGAGCUCCGAGUAGUGAACAGCUGAGAAGCGGGUUGCCUUACUUGGGACGUGGCGCUAAGGCGAAACGAUGACUAGCUGAAGUACACGUGCUUGCCCUUGCACGAUAACGAGAUCGCGAUUAUGUAAAGAGGUGUUGUUACCAAACUUGGGAGUUGGCUGUGCUCCUGUGCUCCUCAGCCAAUCUAUUCGCAAUGGAUGACUAUGAAUCCGUUCUGUUUGUCGCUCGUGAUGUAUCUGUGUACAAGGUACCACCGCGCACAUCGCUGGCGGGUUAUCGCGCCCAGGAUUGGGGAGAUCUAUCUCAGCAUCUUUGGAAAGGCCGUAUCAGAAUCAUAGAAACCUCAAAGAGUUGCUCGAUUAGGCUAGAAGACUCUCAAACCGGUGAGUUUUUCGCACAAGCACCGUAUGAUCAUACGGGAACCUCUGUGGAUCCCGUACUCGACUCAUCUCGUUAUUUCGUAUUGCGCGUAGAAGACGAAGGGAAAAAAGCUUUCGUUGGCAUUGGUUUUCCAGAAAGACCGGAGGCUUUCGAUUUUAAUGUCGCUCUCCAGGAUUAUACCAAGCGUCAGAAAGCACUAUUGAAUCCAGUCGCACCUGAAGAAGAGUCUCCGUCUCCUCAUAUUCCCGCUGGUCCCAAGAAGGAUUACUCCUUAAAAGAGGGUCAGACGUUUUCUAUUAGUAUCCCAGGAAAAGCGUCUUCACCUUCAUCUACUUCAUCUUCUCUACUUGGUGGAACUGGGGGUUCAAGUCUUUCGGGAGGAACUGGAGGAAGCAAAGGAUUAGUCCCACUGUUACCACCCCCUCCCGGCUCCAAAAAGAAGUGACGAUCUUGGGUUCUCCCAUGAUGUAAUGUAACGUACCCACUGACAAAGACCUCAUUACCGCGAGGCCUUUUCGAUUCUUUGGGGGGUUUACGAGAUCGUUAGAUACCAUUUGGAUUUUUUUUUAUUGACCAAUUGCAUUCUCGAACUUUGCCGUA